AUGUUCUGUAAAGCGACCCUGGUUUCCGUGGCUCUUGCCCUCCUCGCCACCGCAGGCCCCGUCGUCCGCACUCCUGGCAUCAGGAUUGCACUAGGGGAGCGCAGCAUGCUGACUCGUGCUGACGGGACCUUCGACCACGAGAAGGCGAUCCUGAACAACAUCAAGACCCAGAACAAGUACCAGAGGAACCUUCGGAGCCUGCUGGCGAACAAGGAGUUCCGCACAAUCCCUCCCUCUUUGCGGAAGCGUGCCUUUGGUAUCGAACUGCUUGAUCCUGCCAAAGAUGGCAGCAAAUGGCUGGGUUCUAUCACGAUCGGUACUCCUGACCAGCCCUUCAACAUUGACUUCGACACCGGCUCGUCCGAUCUAUGGGUUCCCAGCUCGUCCUGCACGAGCUCGACCUGCAGCAGCAAGAACAAGUACGAUGCCUCAGCUUCGUCCACCUCUUCCGAGCAGAGCGGUACAUUCACAAUCGUGUACGGUGAAAAUUCGACCGUCUCUGGUCCCAUCUACACCGACACUGUAACCAUCGCUGAGCUCUCCGCCACCGACCAGUACUUCUCUCCGGUCACGACGCUCUCGAGCUCCUUCGCGUCUGAUUCGAUUGACGGCAUCCUGGGUCUUGCCUAUCCUGAUCUCUCGAGCCUUGGUGGGAACCCCUUCUUCAACACGCUUAUCGAGCAGGGCACGGUCGACGCGGGCGAGUUUGGCUUUGUCCUAGCCUCGGUCGACUCGGAGCUCUUCCUCGGCGGCACCGAUACGUCCAGGUAUAUCGGCUCAAUCGAGUACCAUGACAUCGACACGUCGACAGGUUUUUGGCAGGCAACGGGCGCGGCGUGUUCCGUUGGCUCCACGACCACGAACAGCGGCUUCGACACCAUCAUCGACUCGGGCACGACGAUUAUGUACGGCCCGCCAAACGCAGUCCAGAGCUUUUACGCGGCGAUCCCGGGCAGUGCCGAAUACGACUCGGAUCAAAGAUUUUACUCGUACCCUUGCGACUCACCUCCGACCGUCGGCUUCAACUGGGGCGGCAAGACCUGGGAGAUCACUGAGGACAACUUCAACCUCGGCGAGACCGAAAGUGGCAGCGGCCAGUGUAUCGGUACGCUUGCCGCCGCCAGCAAGAGCCUCGGUCUAGGGGAUAACACCUGGCUGCUCGGCGAUGCCUUUAUGAAGAACGUCUACACCACGUUCUCGUUCGACAGGAACGCCGUCGGCUUCGCCACCCUCGCCUAGGCGCCAAGGGCACCUGUCGGAGUGUGCGGCGGUCGCGUGUGGGAGCUUGACUGAACCUGAGUAGCUGAUUCUUAUAGGGUUAUGGUAGCACUGUUCUAUGUUCCUGGACAGGCUUGACUUGAUCUGUUUGUUUGUGCGGAUUCUUCGUAGAGUGCAAUAUGCUUUGAAUUCUUUCGCAAUGAAACCCUUUUGUAAUGUUAACUC